AUGACGAUAACGAAGAAGAACACGAAGCCUUAUAUCCCUCCUAAGUGGCUAUGUGAAGCUUGCCGUAACUUCCCUGGCUUUGUCGAAGUUAAGCCGGAAGAUGAUGCUGAAGAUUCUAAUGAAACUGGUAAUGAAACCUCAGCGACUAAUCAAUCUUCACAAUCAGAGGCACAUACUACAAGUCAAGAAGCUUCUACUACAGCGUCCACCGACACAUCUCAGGAGAAGAAGCAAGAAGAGUCCAACACUCUCUCUGAUUCGGAAUCUUCAAAGUAA